CAUACUGGUCUAAGGUUUUUGGGUGGGCCCCUGCUGUCCCAGUCCUACACUGUCUGUAAAUUGUAUAUUAUUAAUACGCUUGGAUGAUGUUUUUUCUCAAUUUCCCUUGCUCUAUUAAUAGCAGCGCAGUGACGUCUUCUCCUCGGAGUUCCGAGCGUUCGAGCGCUCCUUGGGGCUAACAAUGUGCGAGCGGAGUAUUUCAAUCAGUUCUCAGAAGAAGCCAAGACUCCUCCCCCCGGUCAUUGUGAGGCGACUGUCAGACAGUGCGGAUGUUCCUGACUGUCAGCGGCGGAGCGUUACCAUUCAGCACCACGGUCAGGGCAACACUCGACCGAGGACAUUUCAGCACCGCGGACAGCGCUACCCGCUCUGCUGCCUGUUUUGUGUGAUUGAGAGGGGUUCGAAGACCAGAAAGCGAUUUGAGGUUUGAUUCCGGAUCCAGCGCCGCCGGACUAGGUGUGGGGUUUUCCAGAACCGACACAAAAAGCCUCGCACGAGGUGUCUGAAACUGAAGCUGCGACUGUGCGACCAGAGGCAGACACCGCAUAUUAGACUAGCAAGAAGUGGGCUCGGAUAGAAAGUAUCGGUGAGGGAGAGGAGAUAAGCUGGAUACAAAGUAUCACAAUCCAUUCUGAGACAGGAGGAGCAGGAGGAGGAGGAGGGUGUCUGCUCCUUAGCAAGUCUUGUGUUCCACCGAGCUACUCUUUCUGUGUCAGCCCUAAGGAAGACAUGGCAAAUGAGAUGCAUAACCUGCAAGAGCUGAGGAGGAGUGCCUCUCUGGCCACUAAAGUCUUCAUACAACGGGAUUACAGCGACGGGACCAUGUGUCAGUUCCAGACCAAGUUUCCAACAGAACUAGAAAGCCGGAUUGAGAAGCAGCUGUUUGAAGAGACAGUGAAAACGCUGAAUCUGUAUUACAUAGAAGCAGAGAAGAUUGGGGGCAGCUCUUACCUGGAGGGCUGCUUGGCAUGUGUCACGGCCUACUUUAUAUUCUUCUGCAUGGAAACACACUAUGAAAAGGUUCUAAAGAAGAUCUCUAAAUACAUCCAAGAACAGAAUGAGAAGAUUUAUGCCCCCAGGGGUCUUCUAAUUACUGAUCCUGUGGAGCGGGGGAUGCGAGUUAUUGAGAUCUCAGUGUAUGAGGACCGUUGCAGCAGUGGCAGUAGCAGCAGUGGCAGUUCCAGCAGCACAAGCAGUGGUGGAGGCGGAGGGGCGGCCAGUCGUGCCCGAUGACUGGCAGAGAGUCCCUGUGGGGACCUGUACUGCCGAGACGACGGCCUUUCGGAAAUACGAAGACUCAGAUAUCAGAGUACUAGGUUUUAAUGCAAAGAUAAAUUUCUUCUCUUUUUUACAGAAAUGUAAGUGAAUAUUUAUCUUCUGAGAAACAUUUACAGGAAUUUGGCCUGAAAAAAAAAAUGGAAUGUGCAGAUGUGGGCCCAGAAAUCAAUGUACAGAACUAUGAAGCGAGAGAAGCAUAAAAAGGAAAUUCUAAAGCA